AUGACAGACUGCAGGACACCCUUUUCUUCUCCAGGUGCCGGCUCUGCUGUGACCACGCCCAUUGCCCUCAGCCUCUUGCUCCUCCUUAGCCAGGCCACCUCAGACCCAUGCUAUGACCCAGGAGGGCGCCCUCGCUUUUGCCUCCCGCCAGUGACCCAGUUGGUUGGCAAGGCAGCAGCCCCCUGCUCUCAGACCUGUGCUCUUCCUGCAGCCAGCUCUGGCCCUGCCCGCAACGGUACUCUGACCCUGGAUCUGGACGGCUCCUUCCUCUUGACAUCUGUCACCCUGCGUUUCUGCACGGCAGGACCUCCAGCCCUGGUUCUUUCUGCUGCCUGGGCCAUUGGGGGACCCUGGAGGCCACUAUGGCGUAGGCCUGCCUGGCCUGGGGCUCUGGGGGGCCCCAAGAAGGUAACCUUUCACUCCCCCCCAGGCCCCAAGACCAGGAUAGUGGCCAGCUACCUCCGUGUGGAGUUCGGGGGGAAAGCAGGGCUGGUGACCACUGGAGUAAGAGGCCGCUGCCAGUGCCACGGCCACGCUGCCCGCUGUGCCACUCGGGCCCAGCCCCCACGCUGCCGCUGCCGCCACCACACCACUGGCCCAGGGUGUGAGAGCUGUCGUCCAUCCCAUCGAGACUGGCCCUGGCGACCCGCCACACCCCAUCACCCUCACCCGUGCUUGCCCUGUUCCUGCAAUCAGCAUGCCCGCCGCUGCCGAUUCAACUCCGAGUUAUUCAGGUUGUCAGGUGGCCGUAGUGGGGGUGUGUGUGAGCGGUGCCGCCACCACACAGCUGGGCGGCACUGUCACUACUGCCAGCCAGGGUUCUGGAGGGACCCGAGCCAGCCCAUCACUAGUCACAAGGCAUGCAGGGCCUGCCAGUGCCACCCAAUUGGAGCAACGGGAGGGAUGUGCAACCAGACCAGUGGCCAGUGCUCCUGCAAGUUAGGGGUCACGGGCCUGACAUGCAAUCGCUGUGGUCCUGGCUACCAGCAGAGCCGCUCACCCAGGAUGCCCUGCCAACGAAUUCCAGAGGCAACGACUACCCCUGCUACUACUCCUGUUGCAUCUCGAUCAGAUCCACAGUGUCAAGGCUAUUGCAAUGUCUCCGUCAGCAGUGUGCACAUGAGCCUUCAGAGAUACUGUCAGCAGGAUUAUGUUCUGCACGCCCAGGUGGCAGAGUCCGCACAGGUUUCAGCAGCGUCCUCGUCGUCCUCGACGUCAUCAUCGUCGUCGUCGUCGCCGCCGCCGUCUGAGGCGGUGGGCCCCGAGUGGUGGCGGCUGGCCGUGCACGUGCUCGCUGUGUUCAAACAGCGUGCGUGGCCCGUGCGCCGCGGCGGCCAGGAGGCCUGGGUGCCCCGUGCUGACCUGACCUGCGGCUGCCUGCGCCUGCGCCCUGGCGCUGACUACCUCCUGCUGGGCCGUGCUGCGGAGACCCACGACGACGACAACGACGACCCUGCGCGCCUCAUCCUGAACCGCCACGGCCUCGCGCUGCCCUGGAGGCCACGGUGGGCCCGGCCGCUGCGGCGGCUGCAACAGAAGGAGCGCGGUGGCGCCUGCCGAGGCCUGCUGCCACCCACAGGGAGCCCUGGGCCCAGGAACUAA